CCGGGGGGGGGGAAAGAUUUUAUUGUGUGAUACUAUGGGAGCCAGUACAUCAGCAGUAGAUGAUAUCAAUGCUGCGGAUACCCAUCAGUUGUACACCAAAUUUAUGAAAGAAUGCCCUUCUGGGCAACUUUCUCUCUAUGAAUUCAAGACACUUCUGGAUCUGCAUGGUCUGAAUCCACAGGCAGAUACGUAUGUUGAUCAAGUGUUCAAUACCUUUGACUUGAAUAAGGAUGGAUUUAUAGACUUUUUGGAGUUUAUUGCUGCAAUAAAUUUGGUUAUACGAGGAAAAAUCGACCAAAAACUGAAAUGGUAUUUUAAGUUAUAUGAUGCUGAUGGAAAUGGAUCUAUUGACAAAAAAGAACUGCUAAGCAUAUUCACAGCUAUCCAGGCUAUUAAUGGCCACCAGAGUAUGACUCCUGAAGAGUUCACAGACAUGGUAUUUCAGAAGAUAGAUGUAAACAGUGAUGGGGAAUUGACUUUAGAAGAGUUUAUCAAUGGCGUGGAAAGUGACACAAGCCUCUUGGAACUGAUUUCAAAAAGUUUUGACCUUUCCAAUGUACUUAAAGUCAUACAAAGUGGGAGGCGUCAUAGCAUCUGAGGUUUGCUGACCCUGAGACCACCACAGAUAUUAGAAAUCUUCAAGACUCUGCAUAGACAGUCACUGACGUCAACCUCCAGGAAUAAUUGUCACCUCAGAGACUUCACUCUUGUGUCUGUACCUUAUUUUUUUCUUUCUUGUCAAUGGAUACAGUGACUACUGAACAUGAAACUUUAUCCACACACAAUAGUAAACUUAUUUGUGGCAGCACAACCAGCCUCUCUGAUCACUAUCAACAAUGUUUAGAGUAAUGGAUAAACACUGACAAUAGCAAAACAAAAAAAAAACCACACACACACUUUGCAGAAGAUAUUGAGCUAAUGAAUUGGUUCUUUUAAGCACUGGUUUUACCUGUAAUUUACAAUGUGGUGAUAAACCACUAAAUAGGAUUGGCUUCUAUCUGGAUCAAUUAAGAAUGAAGCAUGGUUUGUAUUAACAUUUGCACUAAUCAGUGCUUAAAAUAGGAGUGGAUUAUCUUGGAAAUACCUCCAUCAGCUUACUGUGCCAGAGAUAAACAUCCAUUUGGAAAACUUUCUUGGUUUUAUUACAUCUUUAAAUUAAAAUGACUUAAUGCUUUGAUGUCCAAUGGGGGGUUUAUUAAACCUAGUUUUCUUCUCACCUUAAUCUGAAUACAACCAUUAAUCAAUUCAUUACCCUUUGGAACUGUUGAGUAACACUGCCCUUUAUGGAGUAAUUAUUUAAAAAGUCCAGAGGACAGUUUAAAAAAAACCCCACAAUUUUACUUCAGAAAUAAUAAGAUUAAUUGCCUGAGCUGAAAAGAAACUGCAGGAGCAAGUAGUAGAGGGAGAAUUGUAGUUCUCUUUGGUUCUAUUGAAGAUGGAGUGUCUCUCAAAUCUGAAACAGGUUAUCAAAUUACAAGCACUCAAUUAUGAAAAUAAAUUCUCAUUGUCUGAUCAUACUCAGGGGCAUGGUUGCUAGGUGUUUUGAAAGCAGCAGUUUCAUGCACAUUAAUGAUUGUGUGGGCUAUUGCACCCCACAGAUGAAGGGAAAUUAUCAAGGCUUGAACAUAGAAUGUUUUUUUCUCCCAGAUUCACUUCAAAUCUGUAUCCAAUUGCACAUGAUAUGUGCCACAUCAUCUGUAAUUAUCAUACCAGUUGCUGGUUUGAUCAAGACAGCAGACAGCGUAUGCAACCAGCAACACUUGACAUUAUAAACAGUCCUGACAUUAUAGCUUUGACAUUUAAAUCUUUUAUUUCCCUUCCAAAAAUGGAAUGAUAAAUGAGACUGCUGGUGGGUUAGAACUUUAAAAUCUUCUGUUUAUUCAUUAUAGACACAUUAAUAUGUCAACAUCAGUCUCAGUUUUUUCCAACUUAAGUACUAAAAAGUGAGCUUAAAAAAGGACAAAGAAUAUUUCUGAUUUUAGAUGCUUUUGAGGGCAUUUAUCAUGUGAAAUAGGCUUUCGUUUAACAUGUGAAGUGUUAAUGGUGUUUUUCAAUCAACGUGGGUAUAGUGCAUUGAAACAGUUAGAUUUUAGCCUCUUAAGCAAGUGAAGUUUUUUUUUAAACUGCUUACUCCACAACUAUGACUUUUUUCAGACAGGGUUUUUACUAUUCAGAGGGUUUUUUUUUUUAACUUGCCUCGUGUAUCUAACUGUAAUUACAUGACAAAAAUGACCAGGUCCAAAGGAGUGUUUAUGGUCUAUGAAAGAAAUAAUGAACAUGAAACAAUUUAGUUUACUCUUUGUUAAACUAUGGGCAAGACUAACUUAGGCCGAUGUCUACGCCUACCAGCUGACAGCAGCAGAGCAGUACCAAUUUUCACACUCCUGAGUGAUCAAAGUUUUGCUGACAUAAGUGCAAGAGUAGACAUGGCCUUACAAGCUGCAGCUGUGCCACUAUCGCACUUCAGUGGAGAUGCUACUAACACCAGUAGGAGGGCUUCUUGUGUUGGCAUCAAUAUUCCACUUCCCCCAAGAGAUGGUAUCUCUGUUGAUAAGAGAAGUUCCCUCACUGCCAUAACACUGUUCACAUGAGAGGUUGGUGGGAUUCAUUACAUUGCUUAAGGGUGUGGAUUUUUUUUUUGUCCCCCAGCGUGAGGUACUUAUACAAAGCUAAUUUUCGUCUUUUAAAUAGGCCUAAUAAUUAAAGGAGGAACUGAAAUGCCAAAAUAUCAUAUAUCAAGAUUACUAUUAUUAUUAUGAUUGUAUUCCUGUAACACCUGCGAGCCAUAGUCAUGAGCCAGAACCAGAUUACACCAGGUGCUUUACAAAUACUAAAGGACUGUCUAGCAGAAACUCAGGUAAUUAAGAGACAAUUAGCCUAUUUCUGUUAUGUCUAGGUAUUUGCAGUUCAAAUGCCAUCUUAAAAUUUUACUCAUUUUUGGAUCUCUGCACUAGCUCUUCAUGCGUUUGGGUAUGUACAAGGGUUUUAAAUAGAUAUCUAUAUAUAAUAUAAUCCAUUUUCCAUAGCCACUUAAGAUAGACUUAUCUAGUUCAGGAGACAGUUUGAUGCACAGGUGCAUUAUGAAACAAAUGCAUUAUGGCUACAAAAUUACCAUUGAUCCCACCUCAUGAAUUCAUCACCUGCUCAGGAAGUAUAUGCAAGGAAAUUGGAUGACAUCUGUAAAGUGUAUCAAUUUUCACAGCCUAAAGGUUUGCUCAGCACCAAACUACAACAGUAAGAAAAGACUUCGGGACACACCUGUAAUGGAUAUGAAGCUACACUGUAAUAAUCUUUGCAUAGUGUAUGUUGACCUGAUCACUGGAAUGUUUAUAGUGCGGAUAGCAUGGUUUCGUGUAACAGGGAUAAUGAAUGGAAAAACUAGAAGGAAAGAAAAGAAUAGCUCAAGAUAAGCCAUUUCUCAGCAAACACGUGGGGGGUGUUAAAGGACAAUGUCAGAGUCAUUUGGCUUGAUAUCCUACUGAGUCUACCAGACUGGUUUUGUCCCAAACCCUCUCUACACAGAAGAACAAAUGAACAAUAGCAGUGUACAAGGAAUACUCUCUCUUCACAAGAGAAGGAAGUUACUUGAGGGGACAACUGAGACUGACAGCUGCUGGAACAUUUGGAAAAAAAAGAGAUCUGUCUAUGUAACCAUCAGAGUAUGGUAGGGGACUGGAUAAGACAGAUGUG